GACGGGUCAAUACAUAAUGGUUUGGUUGUGUUUGGUUGUAAGCGUAUCAUUUGGAUCUUCUCCUGUCUGCCUAAUUCAUCUGAAGAUCCCAGUCCAGCACCUAGACCAAAGUUGUCCGAGAAAGAUGCGUUCCCUUCCAUAUCUUCUUUCGCGUCUCUCACCAACCGAACGCCGGCGGCUCAUGCUACUCACCCGAAUAUUAGCUAAACGCGAGAAAAGAUCAAGCUCAAUGGCAUUGCCAAAGUGGUGAAGACUGGUGUCUGUUCAUCACAAGGUCCUAGACAUUGGCAAGAACCUUCUCCCAAAUUUCCUUGCACGAAGCCUUGUGGAUCUUGCGAUGGGUCUUCUGACAGUCGAUGCCGCAGUACCAGGC